UGUUCGCACGUGUAUAUAAUAUUGUUUACAUAUAGGUCUAAUCUAUGCUUGUGUUAAUUAUCAAGAUCUAUAAACUAAAAUGAAGGUUAAGGAAAAUACACAGAAAAAGCCUGGAAAGUUUAUGUCUAAAAAUAAGAAAAAAAAAUUGCCUAAAAGUUCUUCAAGUAAUCCAGCGACUAAAAAAUUUAGAGAAGCUGCCAAACGAGCAGCACACCACAGGCACCUUCUUCCUCUCAAUACUGGAAAAGUCACUGCACCCUUAACUGCCUCUCAUGGAUUUAAAGGCGUAUUAACCUUAGAGGCACUAGAGAAACACAAUGAAUCUGUUGGAGGGUUUACAGAAGCUUCAAUGCAGGAUGAUUCCGCCACAGUGGGGGGUACAACUUUCAAUACAUGGGCUACAAAUUUAACUGGGUGUACAAAUGCAACCUUUAGAGGAAUUCACAGAUAUAUCAACUCAAAUUCUUCAGUGCAGAAAGAGAUUUUAGCAGUCUUAGCUGCUGUUACAGAAGUAAUCAAAGAAAAUGGUGGAGAAGGAAAAGACUUGCAGUAUUUUGGAACUUUGGUAACUGGCCUGGAAAAUGCAGACAGACCAGAAGAGAAAAUGGCCAUGGCACAUCUGUUGAGUAUUGUGAUUAAAAGGGUUCCAGUGUCUGUUCUACAAAAACAAUUUUCCCAAGUUGAAAAAACUUUAUAUGAUGUGCUUACUGAGUGUGUAAAACAGCAGACAAUAUCACCCAUCAAACCUAUUCUUUUAAGUCUGGCAAGUCUGUUAAGAGUUCAGGACAUAAAUACAUGGUUGGAAAAGUAUACAGAACGGGCAUUUAAUGCUAUGCUGGCAUUUAUUACACACAAAAAGCCUAAGUUGCGGAAAGCUGCUCAUACAGCAGUAAAAAUUGUUUUAAGGGGCAGUCUUUUUAUGCUACAAACACCUUCACCACCUUUUCAUCCAGCUGCUAGACUUACUGCUCAGUUUUGUGAAAAGCAAAUAGAAUCAUACAAAGGGCAAUCUAAUAAAGUAGAAGUGCUACAUAUUCUAUAUUUGCUGAAAGAUGUUCUUUGCUUGUUCCCUGCAUCAAAUGUGAAAUCUUUGUGUGAAAUCAUUCUCAGGUUAAUGAGGCUAAUAGAUCUGGUCGUACAGUCCUCUUGCAUGGAAGUGUUGUACAAAUUAUUUUCUUCUAAACCAAAUAGUCAGAGAGUUCCAGCAGAGAUUAACGCUCAGAUUCUUACAGCUUUAUACGACUAUCAGCCAUCAGAGAAAGAUGGACAACCAAUGCUUGCUUGGUUAAGAGUUAUGGAAGCUUCCACAAUAAACUUAGCCUGCCAGGAUGUUGAUUUGGCAGUGAGUCAUCUUCCUCGUUUAUUUUCCACUUGCAUGACCUGUCUACUAUCUGAUCGUCAGGAUGUCAGUAAAGCUGCAGUCAGCACUAUGCAGGCUCUGCUCCAACAGUGUCUUGAUGUCUCCAAAGAUAAACUUGUUAAUGAGGCUUCUAAUAACACAACAUUCACAGCUCUACAGAAGGUUGUUAAAACCUUGGAAACUGGACUGAGUUACCAGUUUCAUUCCAUGUGGUCAUUAGUUUUUCAGUUAUGGUCAACUGCAUUUUUGGUACUUGGGAAAAUAGUUCCAAAGAUGCUACUUAAGUGUUUAACGUCAAUGGGAGAUCUAAGAGAUACUCCACACUUUUCCUUUAAAGGAGAAAUGGAUCAUGCUAUUGGCUGUGCAAUAAAAUCAAUGGGACCUCGUAUGGUAUUGGAUGCUAUUCCAUUAAGGAUUACUGGAGAAAAUGACAACCUGGAGUUUCCGCGAGGCUGGCUUUUGCCCCUAAUUAGAGAUAAUGUUGGUCAUACAGAGUUGGGCUUCUUUGCUUCAUAUUUUUUACCAUUAGCUGCCAAAUUCAAAACUAAAGCUGAAGAGUUCUCUAGAGAGCAGAGAGUUGCAGAAUCCAAAGCUUAUGAAGCCUUAAAUCUACAAGUUUGGUCAAUGCUGAAGGGAUUCUGUGAUCAUCCUGUGGAUCUAAAACAAAGUUUCCAAAAAGUGGCCAAAAUUUUGGGCACAGCAUUGAAUGACAAAGAAGACCUGAAGAUGGAUGUAAUGGCUUCUCUGAGAUCCCUCAUUAGCUGUAGCUUAGACAAUGAAGCUGACAAAGCAGAAGUUGGCAAGUUUGCUAAAAACUUUUUGCCAAUUUUAUUUAAUCUGUUCACUGGUGAAGGAGUUAUUUCUGAUGGAACUCGUCUAGCCGUUUUAGAAACCAUAAAGAAGUAUUUAUUAGUUUCUGAUAAAGAGCUUAUUUAUACUUUCAUGGACAAGUGCCUAGAAAAAAUUGGGCAACUGGAUGCUGCAGGUUUCAGAAACAUUGCUCUGUUAGACCUUGCUAUUGCUAUGAUACCAUAUGCUGAUUCACCACGACUGAGGUGUUUGUUCCAACUUGCUUUGGAUAGACUACAGUCUGAGAAUCGCACUAUACAGAAAAAGUCGUAUCGCAUUUUAGAAGAAAUUUGCAGUGGCAUAACAAGUAUUUCUAAUGAACUACUAUCAACAAAUCUUUCUGUGAUUAGUGACACACUUCUGCAGUCUUUAUCAAGAUCUAGUCCAUCUUCAAAAGCUCCACGUCUAAGAUGUCUGAUGCAUGUAUACAAAAAUUUACAACACCCAAAUUUAGAUUUUUUUAUGGCUACUCUACCUGAGGCCAUUUUGUGUACCAAAGAGAUAGGAGCAAAAGCCAGAGCUGCAGCAUUUGAUUUAGUGAUUGUAAUGACAGAUACUUAUAUUAAGUGGCACCCUAAUGUGUCUGAAAAAGAAAAUUUAGGAUCAGUUAUAACAAAAAUAUUGGCUGCCCUUGCUGGUACUCCGCACAUGAUUAGUGCAGCUCUUCUUGCAUUGUCACGCAUUGUUUAUCAUUACAAAGAGAAAUUGAUUGGCUCUGUACUGGACAAUAUGAUUGAUACUGUAAUUGUUUUAUUGGCAUCAAAGACUAGAGAGAUUAUUAAAACUGCACUUGGUUUUAUCAAAGUUAUACUGUCUGCCUAUCAGAAUACAGUACUAGCAUCUCAUCUUAAAGACUUGCUUAAUUCAUUGCAUGGCAUUGCAGUGAAAGGAAACAUGAGAAGACUGACAAAAAUAAUCUAUUCAAAACUUGUUAAAAAAUUUGGUUAUGAACUGGUAUUAAGUAUGACUAAAUCUGAUGUUCACAAGCUACUAAAGAAUAUUCAUAAAUCAAAUGAAAGAGUAAAGAAAGAGAAGGAUGGUAAGGAGGGCUCUGAUGAUGAGGAAGGUGAUGAAAGUGAAGAGGAAGAGAAAUUUACCACCCAGCCUGAAAGUAUUGAUGAUCUGUUACGAGACACUGAUUCUGAUAUGGAUGAAGGUGAUGAUGACCAAGUACCCAAAUUGUCCAAGAAAACUAGAAAGACAAAGCAGGGUAAAGGUGCUUGGCUGAUGGAAACAGGGGAGGAUGAAAUUGUUGAUUUCAUGGAUCCAGCUGCAGCCAAACAAGUCAUUGCUACCAGGCCUAAUGCCAACAAGAAAGGAGAGAAAGCUGUAGCAAAAGAUGGAGGGUUUAAGAUGACAGCUGAUGGAAGACUUAUCAUCACCCAAGAUGAAGAAGAACAAGACGUUAAGAAAACCAAGGGAAACAAGUCAAAGCCAGAUUCUGAUGAGGAUGAGCUUGAAGAUUUGUUCAAUGCCAUCAGUGGGGAAAUGAAAGCAAAAGCUAGGAAACGUAAACAUGCUGAAGCAGCAGGGGACGAUGAUGAUGAAAAUGAAGCGUCUUCCUCUAAAUAUCAUGCUGGAGGUAGUGGUAUUCAUAGACCAAUAGCCAAAGCCAACAAAGCUCUAAAAGAAAAGCAAGAGUUUGGCCAGCAGUACAAAGCUAAGAAAGCACAAGGUGACAUAAAGAAAAGGGGAAUGCCAGAUCCAUACGCCUAUGUUCCCUUGAAUAUAAGUUCUCUAAACAAAAGAAAACAGAUGAAGGUGAAAGGGUCUUUCAAGAAUUUAGUCAAAGGUGCAAAACGUGGAGCAGCCAAGGGGAUGAAGGCCAAAGUUCACAAAAAGAAAAGAUGAACAUAGUGUUUUUGUUGCUUUUUAUUUGUUGUAUAUUAACUAUUGCAAAACAUUUGGACCUCUGAGAUAAAAAAAAAAAGUUCAGAAAUUCAACAAAGGGCUGAUCAUCACUCUACACAUAUUUAUAAAUAAUUGCAGGACACACACCAUUUGUACAUAGACAUGUGGAUAGUUAUUAUAUACAGCCAACUCAAGAUGCUAGUGUUUUGUGUUUACAUGCAUUCAUUGCUUGAGUAUUAAAUGGUGAAAUGUUUUAUUCAAUUCUGGUUGUAUUAUAUUUGUUCAUUGUUUCACCUUUUAUUAAUACAAAUCUGUGGAUGUUU